GAGUGUUCGCUGAAGACCCCCACAAUUAUUGGAUACCUUCUGGUAUCAUGGCAGAAUUUACCACAAGCAUUUACAAAGAAAACACCUUAUUACCAGAGGAACAUCAGACUUUAUUACAAUCUUACCCACAAAAUAAAACUAUCAAAUUUAACCCACUUCCGAUGGACAAACAAAUCAUUAACCGCAUGUCUAAACAUGCACAAGACACUGAUAAGACUUUUUCAAAGCUUGCAUACAGGUUUUCUUCAUCUCUAUGCCUUCUGGAUUUGGCUAUUAAACACCUUUAUGAGGUUAAACCUCAAAAUGAGGAUCAAUCUAAUUUAUCAUGGAAGUAUUUGGAGGAGGCGUUGCUCUUACAAAGCUACUUACACUGGACGCCUUGUCUUCACUCAACGAAAUACGAAGAGAUGAAGCACUUAAGUCAUUUAUUCCUAACCACCAGCCCAGCUCUGAAAAUGAAACAGUUUUCGGAACAGAAUUGCAAAACAUUAUCGAAAAAGAGAAUAGAGAAGCAAAGUUUUUCAACGAUGCAUUAUAUCAAUGAAGGCGGCAAGAAAAAUUGGAAUGUAAGACUUUACCCAGCUUUCAGAACAACUGUAGCACAAGAUUUAGUAAAUAUCAACCACCACGAUACAGCAGAAAAUUUUCAGGAUCCAGGCAGGGAAACAUUUACAGGGGCGGUCUUCAGACAGAUCGCCCAAACCAACAAUAAACACAAAGGUAGCUGGAAGAGGUUUGAGGAAAGCCUAUCCCGUAUGGCAAAGAUUUUUAACACAACACUGGGCUAUGUUAAUUAUCAAAGAUGGUUAUUAUUCCAUCUGGGAACAUGCACCCCCACUAAAAAUCUACACCCCUUCUGGCAACCAAUGAAGUCCCAAUAUACAACAAGAAGUUUCAAGGUUGUUAGACCAGAAAGUGAUAUGCGAAUUCCCUAUCAACAAACCUUGUUUCAUGUCGAAUAUUUUUUUAGUUCUGAAAAAAGCUGGUGCUCACAGAUUAGUAAUAGAUUUAUGAGAACUAAACAACUAUAUUUACUAUAUGCAUUUCAAAAUAGAAGGCUUGGACCUCAUAAAAGCAUUAAUACAGCCCAAAGACUUUAUGAUAUUGAUAGAUAUCAAAGAGGCCUUUCACCAU